CCGAAACGUUAUCCGAGUCUUGAGUGGCUGCCCGCGUUCUUUUUGUCGUCGGCUCUGCCGAUCGCCACCGCUGAGCUCAAUCCUCUGCAGGACAAGGGAAGCAUGAUAGUGUCGGGGAAGAGCUUUGCCCCUCGUUUCAGGUGGUUUCCCCACCUGCUCCCAUGCAGCAGUAACCGGAGGCUACUCAAACCUGCAAGGGCGAAGAAAGAGAACAUUGGAGGAGACUCACAAGCAGGAGAAACAACCUUCUCCCUGAGGGCAUCCAAAGCUGUUCUUGCCAGAUCUGCUGUUGUCCUAUUUGGACUGGGAUUCCUUGAUGCUGGGUACAGUGGGGACUGGUCUAGAAUUGGUGUGAUCUCAAAGGAGACUGAAGACUUGCUCAAGAUUGCAGCCUAUUUGGCUUGUCAAGGAAAAUCAGAAUCCAUUUUCUUUGAUUCCAAACCAUUACAAGAAGGCUAAUAGUUUUGCAGCACUAUCAAGGUUUAGAGAGAUUUUUCCCAGUACAUGCUCUAAUCAGACAGAUGCAGCCAAAAGUAUUAAUCCAAUCUCAUAGACAUGAUCACUUGACAGAACUUAUUGUCUGCAUAAUAAAACCCCAGUUCAGCCACUGACAGCAACUCAAAGCAUUUCUUGGAUUCAGAAUGACAUCUUCUUAAUUUUGGCUAAUUUAGAUAAAAAUUAAUUAAUUGGUUUUACUCCUAUGUUGAAUUUUUUUUUAUUCAGGGAUUUAUAAUUUGAUUUUGAGUGGAAUUGAUAAGGUUAACAUUCAUGUUACUUGACAUCAUAUGUAUUUGAAAAAUCUGAGCUGUUUAGUUGAGUCAAAUUUAUUACAUGCCAUUCAACUA